UUUCCAAAGGGUGAUAACGACAAUCUCUUUGCGGAUAUUUGACAUGAGGGUUUCCAAUACUGAGUUCAACCUCUUCUUUUCAUAAAACCCUUCCCGCUCGGUCGGGGACCAUGUCAUACUUGACUCAGGAGCAAGAGCUGCCACCGCAUUCUACUACAUCACGCCGACCCUACCGCUCAAAAAGAAACCGUCCAUGCUCGCUCUGCCGUGCUCGAAAGACAUCGUGCCGUCGAGUUGAUAAUGAGGUAUCAUGUAUUUCAUGUCGCAAGAGGGGCCAGCACUGCAGCUUCUUGGAUGAUCCUACGCAUGGGCGAGGCCCCCCCACUGCAACUGGGGCGAGCCCAAGUGACGCAAGGGGGCUGAAUGACACGGAAUCGUCUGCCAGCGAUGCAUUUAUGCUGGAUUCUACCGAAGGCUUCAAGGCAUUCACUGCAGAAGACACCGUCGACAAGGACUCAGGCGACGGGUAUCUCCAGCAUAAUUUGAGUCACGACGACUUUAUUAACCCCGAUAACAUGGAACUUUCUACAAUACUCGAAGGACUUACAGAUUCAAGAGUAUGGUCCGAUCCUGUCGGAAUGGUCUCGCCCACUCCUCAGCAAAUGCCUACUGGACUCGACACCGUGGGUUUCGACCUUGAAGGUAUUGCGUCAAAUGUCAUGCAACCUAUUUAUCAGAGAGUAUUUGACAUAGACGACCCGAUGGGCUCAAGCCCGGUGGAGUCCCAGAAUUCUGGCCCAGUCUCGAAUACAUCUAGUCCCAUGCAAACCGCUGAAGUAGGACACCGUCUUAGCACCAUCAUCCCUGUUGCUUCUCCCAAACACGCGAACCAUGGAUCGAACAGUAUCGACCAGAGAGCCAAUUUUCAAAGCACAUAUUUCGGCUUAUCUGGAGAAUCGGACCCGUAUUUGCUACGCCAUUACCUAUACAAUGAGGCAGACGAAUUUCCAUUUCUUCAGGUUAUAUACCGGAGAACUCAAACUGACUGUCAUGGUUCUGAAGGGCUGCAUCAACAAAGCUCCGCCACUCAAAAUGAACAAACCUCUCAUGUUCCUGUCCAGUUUUUAUUGACUUCGAACGAACUAGGAGAGGAGCUCAAAAAGAUUGGCCCAGUUAGUCAGCCGUACAACCAGGAGUCAGUGAAGUCUGAGCUUGAUGCACUGGUAAAUGAUGAGCAUGGACGAAGACUUGUAUUACUCUUUGUGCAAUAUAUUUAUCCAGCACUUCCAGUCAUUUCCCGAUCGCAGCUAGCCCGAAGCCUUGUUGGCCGUCAUUCAUCCACGUCACCAAUCUCGGACCCAAUACCACCAUAUCUCCUGGCUGCAAUUUAUGCGUCUGCACUGCAGUUCAGCUCAUACGACGACGUCUUGUGUGUUUCAAGUAUUUAUAAAAAGCCAUCUUCAGAAGAAUUGUGGCAGAUUGUUUACAAGGGAAUCCAAUCAGAGCUGCACACUCCACGCUUGGCCACAAUAUCUGCAGCGGUCCUCUUUCUCAACAAGCCUCGGGUUGGUGUGCAACACGUCUCUGCAGACACAUCAUUCACGUGGUCCUUCACAACAUCUACUGUAGGCCUCGUCACAAGCCUAGGUCUUCACUUAGAGUGCAAAUCGUGGUCCAUUCCCGCUUGGGAGAAGCGUUUAAGACGCCGAUUGUGGUGGAUGGUGUUUUCUGAAGAGACUUGGCGAAGCCUUCUGCUUGGGCGGCCGUCUGUCAUUGCCAAAGAUCAAUGGAGCGUCUCUGGCCUGACAAGCUCUGACUUUGACAUUGAUGAAAUCAUUCCACGUGAUGGCAUGUCUGUUGAAGUUGUGAACUUCCUCAAAACUCUGCAGGCUUCAGCCCCAGUAGGCGGAUCCGACGAACGGGUGAUUUCGCAACAUGUCGCGACAUUGGCGUGUAUUGCGGAUAACGUAUACAGCGCGCUUUACACAAUACGAGCGACCCAAUAUUUAGCUGAUAAUCUUGACGCAUCCAUCAAGACGAUACGGCCGCUCCGAGAAGAGCUAGCGAUGUGGUAUGCAAAACUACCGGCUUCCUUAAAAUCGCCCAGAAAGUCGGACCCCGAACGGACUGCUCCCAUAGCACCAAGUUCAGCUGCAUGCUUACGAUUUGCGUACCUCACUCUUGAAAUAUUACUUUACCGCGCUCUGCUCCGACCGCUCGGAGGUGCCGACUUUGGCGACGACGUACCUGACGCUCAGAACAGGGAGCAGGCUGUGUACGAGUCUAGCGCACCAACUCUGCUUGAUACCCAAUUGCUCCCCAGAGAUCUAGAACGGUUGACUGGCAAGAGGAAAGAACCACAUUCAAGCUUUAGAGACCAAGCAGAGCCGAUCAUUUCCGCCGCCGAAAAGUGCGCAGCUCUCGUGACCAACUUCACUGUCGAGUUGAUGUCGUGGGAUUUUGCGGGCUUUUGGUAUUCCUGGUCUCGGAUAGGAUGGGCAACAACCUCGAGCUUCUUUGCGUUGCUUCUUGUCCAAUCGCCUAGUGUAGAGCAUGCCAUUACGUGCAAAGGCCUGAUAGACAGAUGGCGACAAAUCUUGAGACACCAAUCGCAAAGUUUUCAAGACAUGAGUUUGGGGAUAUUGAGGUUGGAUGCAAUGUAUUGGUCUGAUAUGAACAAGAUAUUCAGGGUAAAUAGGCACCUGGCGGAAGUGAUACAUGGAUCAAAGUGAGCUUUAGUUCACAAAUUGACAAUUGGCCACAUAUGACUGUCCAUAAGAUCUGAUUCACGUUUUGAUAUUGAUAAAAG